AUGGGGGGCCAGAGAACCAGCAGGGGGGGCCAGAGAACCAGCAGGGGGGGCAGAGAACCAGCAGGGGGGGCCAGAGAACCAGCAGGGGGGGGGGGCCAGAGAACCAGCAGGGGGGGCCAGAGAACCAGCAGGGGGGGGCAGAGAACCAGCAGGGGGGGCCAGAGAACCAGCAGGGGGGGCCAGAGAACCAGCAGGGGGGGGCCAGAGAACCAGCAGGGGGGGCCAGAGAACCAGCAGGGGGGGGGGCAGGGGGGGGGGGGCCAGAGAACCAGCAGGGGGGGGGGGCCAGAGAACCAGCAGGGGGGGCCAGAGAACCAGCAGGGGGGGGGCAGAGAACCAGCAGGGGGGGCCAGAGAACCAGCAGGGGGGGCCAGAGAACCAGCAGGGGGGGCCAGAGAACCAGCAGGGGUGGGCAGAGAGCCAGCAGCGGGGGGCAGAGAGCCAGACACCUAA